AUGACUCCCAAAACCUCUUCCAAGCAUGAUCACUGCUCUGAGGGACCGUCCGAGGAACCUCCCACGCCAAAUUGGGCUGAGUGGCCCAUUGAAACCGAGGCCAAAUUUGUCAUCAAAGACGGCUUUGAUGAAAAUCCCGAAACGGCGUGGGCGGUCAAAGAAUUGACGAACCGUGGCCCAAAAUCUCUAUUCAAGCCAUGCACUAGCUCUUUCUAUCCGUGCAUCGUCCGCCAGUUCUAUUCCAAUAUGUUUUAUUCAUGUAUGGAGCCGGACAUCAUAAAGACCACCAUUGAUGGCAUAUCUUUUGAAUUGACCCUUCAUGUCCUUGCUACGGCCUUGGAUUGCCCAUUGGCAUCUCCGGUGGAUGAGGUGGGCCUGCCUCUAUACGUUAAUCCAGUUAAUCUGCAAUUGUUGAGGAAAUUUGCCACAACCAUUAUACCGACAGUUGAAAAUCAAGCACGAAUAAGUCGUACCUUUCGUGCCGGCUCUGGUUUGUGGACUCCGUCAUUGCCAAAAAUGUCCUUCCUGUUCCUAAGCAUUCUGAGCCUUAAGACUUCUCGUCAAGCCCACAUUGGUGGUGUGUUUGAUUGGGGAGGUCCAGCUAUCCCUGUUGCUCCUGCACCGGCUGCUCCCGCACCAAUUGUGCCACCACCUCCUACUAUAUCCCAUGCCGAUUAUGACUCGCUCAGCACUCGUCUUGAUACCCUUCAGUUGCGAGUCGAUACUAUCGAGGGCACCCUUACGGACUUCUGUAAGGAGACUCAGGAAGGACAGCAGGCACUCCUUUUUUUUUUUCCACGUCACCGACACACAGACCACAAAAGCCUUAAUCUUCUUUCUUUCCUAGCCAGUCUCUUAAAAUGCCCUAAUCUUCUUUCUUCCAUUAUUUCUGUUGAGGAGGCCGGAUCCCACCUUGUUACUUACUCUGCCAACAACACCCAGCCAGUUUCUCCCCUACUAAGGCUGCUAUCCAUCUCUUUCACACACACUUGGCCAAGAAUCAAGUUCACUUCAAAGCUUGCAACAAACAGUAUAGUGACAUUCCUCUUCAACAAUGAAGUUGUAAGAUCAUUACUGAAGGUUUUUGUUCACCCAGCCGGAUCAUUUACCCCAUCUCCGCUUGAAGUUCUAUCUCAAAUCUCUGCCCCGCUUGAAGUUCUCUCUCCUAUCUAUCUCCAUCUCCGCUUGAAGUUCUGGUUCGACAGGGAAAGGAAAGUUGGGCGAUCUCAACCAAUUUCUACCUUGACCAACACAGAGCUAUUUGUUCAACCCUCUCUUUACUCUCUAGAACCGAGGAUCCGGACUUACCUUCACUCUUCAGGUGAUUCAGAGAAGUUAAUAAAAGUGUUAUUUCUUGAUGAAAUUGAUGCAAUCUUUAGUCAGCGUGGUGAAGGACACAGUGAGCAUGAAGCAAGUAGGCAAUUAAAAACUGAGCUACUCAUACAGAUGGAUGGUUUGACGCGGACAGAUGAGCUUGUUUUUAUUUUGGCGGCAAUAAAUCUUCCUUGGGAACUAGAUGCUGCUAUGCUCCGACGUCUUGAGAAACGGUUCCUUGUACCUCUCCCGGAACCAGAAGCAAGAAGAGUAAUGGCAUUACUCUUCUUGGUUGAAAGGACAGAAGGUUAUUCAGGUUCAGAUAUUCAGUUAGUGUGCAAUGAAGCUGCCAUGCAACCACUAAGAAGAGUAAUGGCAUUACUUGAAGAAAACCAAGAAGUUGUGCCUGAGGACGGAUCUAUUUUAACCAUCUUAUUAGGAGCAUAACAAAACCAUUACUUUUGAAGUAAGAUUAGGAGUAUAGUUCUGGUUCUCAAUCUUCAUCUCUGGCAGGUACUUGCUUGGAUUUUGUACAAUGGACAACGAAGUGAAGGAAGUGUGAAAAAUUGGAAGCCAACUUGCGCCAAGAAUUAAUGAACAAUGUGAAGAUUGAUAUUUAUUUUUGGGAAAUAUUAAAUUUUCUUUUUAAUUUUGGCACGUUGAACAAUUAAUGAUGAAUUGUAAAUUAAUGUCUUACUCUUUUGAUAUAUAUUUAAUAGUGAAUUUAAACAUGAAUUAUUUUUGGUA